GCGGGGCUCGAUGGUGUCCUGAGCCGGGUGGUGGAAGCGGCCGUGGCAGUGGCAGCGGACCGGCUACAGCUUGUCCAAGCCAUGCCGGCGGCGCGCGUGGAGUACAUCGCGCCCUGGUGGGUUGUGUGGCUGCACAGCGUCCCGCACCUCGGCCUGCGCCUGCAGCGGGUGGACAGCACCUUCAGCCCCGGCGACGAGACUUACCAGGAGUCGCUGCUCUUCCUGGGGGUGCUAGCUGCCGUUGGCCUGGGCCUGAACCUCCUCGUCCUUGCUGUGUACCUGGUGUGUGCGUGCUGCUGCCGGCGGGACCACACAGUGCAGACCAAGCAGCCCAACUCAUGCUGCAUCACCUGGACAGCGGUGGUGGCCGGGCUCCUCUGCUGGUGAGUGUCCUAUGCGCAGGCCACACCAAUGGUUUCAGUUCAGCUCCCAAGGGGCCAGGUGGGGAGGGGGCACUUAACAGACACAGGCAAGGGAAAGCUAGCCCGUGGCCAGGACAUCCUUCAUGUCCAAGUGGCUCCUCAUCAGUGACUGGCCACGUUCACUGACCAAGCUAACCCCUGCAUGAACAAACCUGCCUCCCCAAAUGAAUACUGUCCCUUUUGUGGCCAAGCAUGAGGAAUCAGUCGCUAGUGUAAUGAUGGGGGUCUGCAUUGUGCCCCCCCCAGCCCUUCUACCAGACCAGGGCCAGGCCUGACAGCCAUAUGGGUCCCUCCCUGAGUUGACCAGGUAGACGGUGGGCAUCUCUUUACUCUGCAGCCCUGUUACCUUCCACUGCCACCUUGGGUCUGCAGAAUCAGAAGUUAGCCCCAAUCAGUUCCGUUGUCUUGUGAGAUCAGGUUCAUUGUCUUGUGAGAACUACCCAUACGUAGAUCUUCCCCUGUGCCCUGACUGAGGAAUGAAGAUUUCCAGUACCUCGUGAGAGCCCGCCCCACCCACCAAGCACCCAGCACCUAGCCCGUGCAUGCGUGCAAGCUCGCUUCAUGAGUUGGUGUGUUUUUCUUGUUUCUGUGUUUGUAGACAUGUUUUUUAUGUAUAACGCCCCCCCUUGAGAUGUUGAAGGGUGUGGCCACCCUCUAAGGUAAAAGUCCCUUGUUGCUAGUCUGAAGAAUUGGUCCUAGGUUCUAGUCUGCAGGAAGGUCACCUUACUCCUGAACACUUUCUUUUUUCUAUAAUGUAUUCAUUCCGUGUUUCUCAGCCUUUUGGCCAAGAUGGAGUGUGGUGACGUGUUCAUGAUCUUAUGUGGGUGGGAGUGUGGGGCUCACUGAAACCAAACGAUAGGCCAUCCUCAAAGCAGCGACCAACCGAGGGCUGAUGAAUCUUGUGGUUGGGGCCGGGGCCUACAGGAAAGAGUUCCAGCCCAGAUGGAAAGGUCAUGACUUACUGGGAAGGUGAUCUGACUCCCAGAGAUGAGCCAGAGCUUCCGUGAGGAACCGAGGUGCCAAAAACCCUCUGCCUGGUGUAGGGCAUCACAGGGUGGUUAGGGAGAGAGGGGACCCAAAGACACACAACAACAGUGCUUGUUCCAAUGCAGCCAUCCCUCGGUCCGCAGGAAACUGCGGGUGCUCCUACGUUUCCAGUAGAGCUACCGCCAGAUAAGCCUAUUGUCAGGUACAAAUGCCACUGGAGUCAAGUGCAUUGAACGCUGGCGAACCCAGCAUCCAAACAGAACAUCGUAAUUUGGUAUUACGAUGUGUAUUUUGCAGCAGGUAAAAAUGGCUUUAAGUGGUCAGGUCCAGUAAGUACUUAUUACCUGUAGUUAAGAGAAACUCAAGGGGCUGAAAAGAUGGCUCAACGGUGGAGAGCACUGGCUGCUCUCCUAGAGAACUUAGAUCCAUCUCUCAGCAGCCACAGGGUGGAUCACAGCCAGCUGUAUGCAACUUCAGUUCCAGGGGGUCCAGUGCCUUCUUCUGGCCCCCGCAGGCACCAGGCACCCAUGUGUGCACAGACACACACUCAGGCAGAACACCCACACGCAUAAAAUAACAUGGAAAAGAAAAGCGGGAGACGAGUUCUCAGAAGAAGUUGAACUGAGGACAAGAAGGAAGAGGAGGAGAAAAGCUGGACACGGAAGGGCCACUGUGGCAGGAUUCCUUCCGUGCGGUGUUCUACAGCUGCCUCUGGCAAGCGGACGUCAGCGACAAAAACCAGCCAUUGCUUUUGCCACUUUUGUUUUUUAAUUCA